AUGGGAUUGACCUCAUCUUUACGGUUCCGUAGACGAACCAACAAGACUUUCCUCAGAAUCUUCAUGAUCUUGGUUCUAAGCUGUAUACCAGGUAGAACCAAUCUUUGUUCCAAUCAUUCUGUUAGUACCCCAAUAGAUUUACCUCCUUCAAAUCCUUCAGAUAUUCGUUCCUCGUUAGAUUCACUAGAUUUGGAGGGUUACGUAAGCUUCGAUGAUGUCCACAAUGCGGCCAAGGACUUUGGCAACAUAUACCAUUACCGACCUUUGGCAAUUCUACAUCCGAGGUCAGUUUCUGAUAUUUCAUCAAUGAUGAGGCAUAUAGUACAUCUGGGCUCCACCUCGAAUCUUACAGUAGCAGCUAGAGGCCAUGGUCACUCGCUUCAAGGACAAGCUCUAACUCAUCAAGGUGUUGUCAUCAACAUGGAGUCGCUUCGAAGUCAUGAUAUCAGGAUUUACAAGGGGCAGCAACCGUACGUCGAUGUCUCAGGUGGUGAAUUAUGGAUCAACAUUCUACGCGAGAGUCUAAAAUACGGUCUUUCACCAAAGUCCUGGACAGACUACCUUCAUCUGACUGUUGGAGGUACUCUAUCUAAUGCUGGAAUCAGUGGUCAAGCGUUCAAGCAUGGACCUCAGAUCAACAACGUCUACCAGCUAGAGGUUGUCACAGGGAAAGGAGACGUUGUGACCUGUUCUGAGAAGCGGAAUUCUGAACUUUUCUACAGUGUUCUUGGUGGGCUUGGACAGUUUGGCAUAAUCACCCGCGCACGGAUCUCACUUGGACCAGCACCGCAUAUGGUUAAAUGGAUCAGGGUACUCUAUUCAGAAUUCUCUGCAUUUUCAAAGGACCAAGAACAUUUGAUUUCGAAGGAGAAUGCUUUCGACUACUUGGAAGGAUUUGUGAUAUUCAAUCGAACAGACCUCCUCAAUAACUGGAGGUCGUCCUUCAGUCCCAAUGAUUCCACACAGGCAAGCCAAUUCAAGUCAGAUGGGAAAACUCUUUAUUGCCUAGAAGUGACAAAAUAUUUCAACCCAGAAGAAGCUAACUCGAUGGAUCAGGAAACCGAGAAGUUACUUUCCGAAUUGCAUUAUAUUCCAUCCACUUUGUUCUCAUCUGAAGUGCCAUAUAUCGAGUUUCUGGAUCGCGUGCAUAUUGCGGAGAUAAAACUGAGAGCUAAGGGUUUAUGGGAGGUUCCACAUCCCUGGUUGAAUCUCAUGGUUCCCAAGAGCAGCAUAUUUGAAUUUGCUACAGGAGUUUUCAAUAAUAUCGUCACAAGCAACAACAACGGACCUAUCCUUAUCUAUCCAGUCAAUCAAUCUAAAUGGAACAAACAUACGUCUUUAAUCACUCCAAACGAAGAUAUCUUCUAUCUCGUAGCCUUUCUUUCCUCUGCGGUGCCAAAUUCCUCAAGGGAAAAUGGUUUAGAGUACCUUUUGAAACAAAACCAAAGAGUAAUUAACUUCUGCGAAGUAAAAAAACUCAAUGUGAAGCAGUAUUUGCCUCAUUAUGAAACUCAACAAGAAUGGAAAUCACACUUUGGCAACAGAUGGGAAACAUUUGCAAAGAGGAAAUACGCGUACGAUCCUCUCGCGAUUCUAGCCCCGGGACAGAGAAUUUUCCAAAAAGCAACACAAUUAUCUCCAAUCCAACCUCUCUAA